AUGCGGCAUUACAGAUACGAGUGCGGCAUACCGCAGCGAUUCGAGUGCCCGUACUGCAAGCACCACUUGCGUCAGCAUAGUUCUUCCAAGCGGAGGAGGAGUCUCGAAGAAGUUUAUUCGGAGUCGGGCCAUCUCAAUAAGCGAUACGGCCUGUACGAGUGUCCCAGUUGCGGCAAUCUGUACAAGUGGAAGAAAUCGAUGCUCGCGCAUCUGCGCCAUCAGUGCAAACAACCGCCGAGAUUCGAAUGCACGUAUUGCCCGGUAAAAAAUUAUCAGAAGGGCCAUAUCAUACGUCAUCUGCGCGUGCAUCACCCGAAUCUGUCGCCGUUGUACUACGAUUGGAAGCUCAACAAUGUGUACCGGCUCUGA